UAUAUCGUCCAAGAUACUGUGCUAUGGAUCUACUUUUUAGCAUUUAUUUCUGACUAAUCAACUCAUUUUCUCAUGCUCUCUUGUCUCUCUGCAGCAGACGUAUAGAGAGCAAUAUGUUUAGAACAUUAAAUCACAAUAAAACCAGCAGUAUCGAAUCCCAAUACAUAUCGAAUUGGCACCUACGUUUCGUGAUAAUACCGUAUCGUGACGUCCCUGGCAAUUCCCAGCUCUAGUCAACAAGGUGUUUGACUAGGUCUUCAGAUUAGGAUGAUUUAUAGAUGUAGCAGUGUGCUGUGCAGGAUUUACAAAUUGUAGCCCAGUUGUUUCUAAGGCUACAUUUAGUCCUGUCAUCUGGAUCAUUGGGGUCACACAGCCAUGCCCAGUGUUGCUGCAUCAGAAAUGAAAGAGUUCAAAGAAGCUAGCAUUAGAAGGCACACCUACAUCCAGUUUGGAUCUGGUAAUUGGAAUAUUCUGUUGCAAAGGUUGUGGUUUCAAAUCCCCUUACAGGUUAUUUUGUUUGUAUGGUAGUUGGCUAUUUAAACUGUGUUGUGAAACUGUGAAGGAGGCAUUCACAAACUAGUAGUAGAUACAAUUAAUGUUGCUUGUUUUGUUACAUUUCGCUACACGUCAAGUAAGUAAAGCACACAAUUCCCAGUCACUGGUAACCAGUUGCCAAGUUUAAAUCUCUUAAAAUGUUUGCAUCCGGUGUGGUGAGAACAUUGCUGUUGCUGUGGAAACGGUAUGGUCUAAUUAUUGGUUGUCUUUGGCAUUGUGGCUGGAAUAAUCUGGUAUUUUUGUGUUCCCUCUCUCUGGCUCCUCCAAGCCCUCUUCUCUCUUUAGGGACUUCUGUCUCAUCACUGAUUUACGUCAGUACAUGUCCCACUCACCUUUAGCCCCUCUAAUGCUGUACCACUCGUUUGAUGGUCUCAUCCCUCCCUUGAGACCCUUCCCAGGAAAAUAACAACUUUAAACACACACGUUGGAGCCCUGCAGUCUGUGGGCCGGGGCUAGCUAGCUUGAGCAAAAGCAGAUGUUUCUAGAUGGUGGAAGUUUGAACGAGUGCAGACACGCAGUGAGAGGAUCAGACAAGCUUUUCUCCUGCGCCUCAAACGUACCCAAUAUAAUGACCUGUGCCACAGCCAAUGGCAAUGACAGCAAGAAGUUCAAAGGUGACAUAAGGAGCCCGGGCAUCCCGUCGCGUGUAAUCCACAUGCGCAAGCUCCCCGACGACAUCAACGAGGCUGAGGUCAUCUCCCUGGGCCUGUCCUUUGGUAAAGUCACCAACCUGCUCAUGCUCAAAGGAAAAAACCAGGCCUUCGUAGAGAUGAACACGGAGGACGCGGCCCAGGCCAUGGUCAGCUAUUAUGCCUCUGUGACGCCCGUCAUCCGCAACCAUCCCAUCUUCCUGCAGUACUCCAACCACCAGGAGCUCAAGACUGACAACUCCCCCAACCAAGUGAGAGCCCAGGCGGCACUGCAGGCGGUGAACGUAUUGCAGACGGGGGGCAUGCCCAUGGCAGGGGUGGAUGCCUCGGCCGGCCUGAGCGGGGCCAGCCCCGUCCUGCGUGUCAUAGUGGAGAACCUCUUCUACCCCGUCACCCUAGAAGUGCUGCAUCAGAUCUUCUCCAAGUUCGGAGCGGUGCUGAAGAUCAUUACUUUCACCAAAAACAAUCAGUUCCAGGCCCUGCUGCAGUACUCUGACGGCCUGACUGCUCAGCACACGAAACUUUCUUUAGAUGGGCAGAACAUCUACAACGCCUGCUGCACCCUCCGCAUCAACUUCUCCAAGCUGACCAGCCUGAAUGUGAAGUACAACAAUGACAAGAGCCGGGACUACACGCGUCCCGACCUGCCCACGGGGGACAGCCAUCCCUCAAUCGACCACCAGGCUAUGGCUGCAGCCUUCGGUGAGUACUAUGGUCCUCCCGGGAUUAUCUCGGCCAACCCAUAUGCGGGAGCUCACGCCUUCCCCCCAGCCUUCACCAUUCAGCAAGCUGCAGGCCUGACGAUGCAGGGGGUUCCUGGAGGCCUGGCCCAUCUGACCAUGUCUGGGGCUGCAGCGGCUGCAGGCAGAAUGGGCUUCCAACAACUCACCGGUGGCAACUGUGUUCUGCUGCUCAGUAACCUCAACCCAGAGAGAGUUACGCCCCAAUGCCUCUUUAUUCUUUUCGGUGUAUAUGGUGAUGUAAUGAGAGUGAAGAUCCUGUUCAACAAGAAGGAGAACGCUCUGAUCCAGAUGUCUGAUGGGACUCAGGCGCAGCUAGCAAUGAGCCACCUGAAUGGCCAGAGGCUACACGGGACAGCGCUGCGAGUCACCCUGUCCAAACACACCAACGUUCAGCUGCCCCGUGAGGGCCAUGAGGACCAGGGCCUGACAAAGGACUACAGCAACUCCCCUCUGCACCGCUUCAAGAAGCCCGGCUCCAAGAACUACUCAAACAUAUUCCCUCCCUCAGUCACCCUGCACCUCUCAAACAUCCCUCCCUCUGUGGUUGAGGAUGACCUUAAGAUGCUGUUUGCGAGCUCUGGUGCAAUGGUCAAGGCCUUCAAGUUCUUCCAGAAAGACCGCAAGAUGGCUUUGGUCCAGAUGGACUCAGUGGAGGAGGCCAUAGAGUCCCUUAUCAAGUUCCACAAUCACGACCUGGGCGAGAACCACCACCUGAGGGUGUCCUUCUCCAAAUCUACAAUCUGAGGGGGCAGCCCAAAACGCUACUGCUAACGGGCCAUAGUGAGUUGUGGUGACUCGGCUCUUCAUAGUAGCCUCAACCACAGAAUUCACUUACAUCAUUCCUAGUAUAUGAUAUUUAUAUACACAAAGCUAUAUACAUUCACCUAUGGAAAAAGUAAUUUAACACCUGGUUUUACUGGGGUUUUACGUUCUUAGUUUUCUAUUAUCUUGCCUUUUUGAGGUGAAUGAAUUCCUUGCUCUGUCUCUGCACAGGCACAAGUAGUUUACACUUGCCUUUCUGAGUCUGACUAAAGACACUCACCUAGCCUAAACUUCAGCCUACUGGAAAGUUCCAUUUGCCUUUGGGGUCCUGUACCACUAGGCACUGAGGUACUUCUGUGAUGCCUCAUGUCCUCUUUGCCUUCUGAUGUUUUCUGUGCCUUACUAAAGAAGUCUUACGUCCUUCAAAUUUAUAUUUUGGGCAUUUUACAAGAUAAUUGAUUUGGCCAUCUUCCCCUCUCAAACCCUUUGUUUGCAAAGACCAGGUUUACAGCUGAUUUUAUGGGUUUACCAUUUUGUAUGAAAUGUAUUACAAGGUUGUCCAUUUCUCCCCCCCAUAUAUCAUGAAGGUGUCCUUUUUUAAAUAUUCUUUUUAACUUGUUUUAAAGCGCCCUCUUGUUUUAAAAGUUGAGAACUAGUUGCAAGAUUCAAUCCACAAUGCUAUAUAUACACGCCGGUACAAUGGGUUAUGUGAUUCAUAUUCCUAUUCUUGUUUAAUGUAUCUCUAGAUGUAGGUUGUUUAGAAUUUUCUGAAAUGUAUGCAAUCAUUUUUGUACAAAUCCAAUAUUGGCCACAAUUGUUAUUCCAAUAUACUGUUGGUUGUAGACAGGUCUUGGUCAGUGGUUGCCUUAACCACUGUGCCUUUGCAAAAGGUCUAUUGGCGGAGCUUUCCUGAUAAAAGUGUAUUGUUUAUGAUUUUUGUCCUAAUUGCUUGCCUCCCUCUGAUGCAGUGACUGUUUGAUUUAGUACAUUUGUACAACUUCUGUCAUACACUUCAGCUCAAAACCAAAUGAGGCUUUUUUGCAAGUUAUUGUAGCUAACAUGAGACUCACAGCUUUAUUCAUAGUUCAUUACCAGUGUGGGAGUCUGCCUGCACAUUGUUGCACAUUUACAAGGCUCUUUUGAGUCUUACACAUAUGCAGACUAUUUGCGACUGCUGCUGUGAUCUGUGAAUUAAGCUGCUCAGUUCGUCAUUCAUCUUGGCAUUAAACUGUCAUAUCGUUUACAAUUGCGUCUAAGAACAAAUGAUGGUCAUUUUACAUGUUAAGAAAUGUGUGAAUAUUUUCAAAAGUCUGUCACUCAUAAGUGUUCACAAAGGCCUUCUCAUGAGGGGUUAGUAGACUUGUGUUACAGGGCUGUAAACUUACUUCAUUCAGUCAAUGCUAAAAGCGGCUAUACUGCACCCUCUCUGUCAUGGUAGUCUAGGAACUGGACUCGUCUGGACAACGUGCCUCUCAAUUUGAGAUCCAUUUAGCAAUUUUUGGACAGGUGCUUUUCAAACAUUGGGGUGUUUUUUUUUGGUCUGUUUAGUUGUAAUGAAUGUAUGUUGUUUCUGGCUUACAAGCCCUCAGACUUGUAGGAAUUGCACACGUCAGACAACUACACGUCAGCAGUGACGCUAUACGCUGGCUACAUUGAUGGACACGUUGUAGACCACUUAUGAAUAGUUAUUUGAAAGGUCGGUAUUAAUACAUAUUUCACUUGUGCAUCAUUUUCUGUUGGAAAUGUUGAGUAAGUGGUUCUUUUAGUUUUUCACAAUUUAGUUGUGCAUCAACUCCUCAGUUUCUCCCAAUGUUGACCUGGUGCAAAAGCAAUAAUAGAAUUUUGGCGUCAUAGGGCUCAACCAUUUUGUUCAAUCACUUGAGGUUCCUUGACCAUAUCAGUUUAUUACAUGCUAACCUAUGCAUGGACUCCAAUGUAGAAGAAUCACAAUUUAUAGACAAGUCAACCUGACUUAAGGAUAAGUGACACUUGCUUCUAUCAAUAUGUAGCAUGUGUUGACAAUAAAGCCCUUUUACGUACUUUGCAUACCCCAGGCCAUAGCAAGAGUGGGUUUACCAAUUAUGCAAAAUUGCAAAGCAUUUAAAAUAAUUACAACCUCGAUCACUUAAUAUGGCAGAUUUUCUUCAAGGUGAUGUUGCUUGCUGGGGGGGUUGGGAUGAAAAGCUGUGUAUAAUGAUUUUCUUUUUUUUUUGUACCACAGAAAGUAUCUAUUCAGAAGCAAUAUAGGUUUUAUAUCAAUGAAACAUUAAUAUUUUGAUUAAGUGUCAUAGAAAACAAAUGACAUUUGUUUUGUAACACAAAUGUAAAUUAUUUUGUCAUUGUGUAGUGUUCUGUAUAGCUCACACUUUCCUGGUUCUUGUGCCUUCAAUAAAUAUUUUCUCUGCUUUUUA